AUGGCCUUCGCCGGCCAAACGCCCACCAUCGUCGUGCUGAAGGAGGGCACCGACGCCUCUCAAGGAAAGGGUCAAAUCAUCUCCAACAUCAACGCCUGCGUUGCUGUGCAGUCCACAGUCAAGAGCACCCUCGGUCCCUACGGUGGUGACCUCCUGCUUGUUGACAGCAAUGGCAAGCAGACCAUCACCAACGAUGGAGCCACUGUGAUGAAGAAAGUGACGAUACUAACUUAUUGUCUUCCCCCUGAUAGCUUCUGGACAUUGUCCACCCCCGCCGCCCGUAUCCUCACGGACAUUGCCCGAUCCCAAGAUGCCGAAGUCGGUGACGGUACAACCUCCGUCGUUGUCCUGGCUGGUGAGAUUCUGAAGGAGGUCCGCGACCUGGUCGAGCAAGGUGUCAGCUCGCAGACCAUCAUCAAGGGUCUGCGGAGAGCAAGCGCCAUGGCGGUCAACAAGAUCAAGGAGAUUGCGGUGGAAAUGAUCGAGUCGGCAGGAAGCGAGGAAAAGAAGAUCGAGACUCUUCGGCGACUAGCUGGAACCGCCAUGAACAGCAAGCUUAUCAAGCGGAAUCAGGAGUUCUUUACAAAGAUGGUUGUCGAUGCGGUUCUCUCUCUCGACCAGGACGAUCUCAACGAGAAGUUGAUCGGAGUGAAGAAGGUGACUGGUGGUGGCCUUCAGGAAUCUCUUUUCGUCAACGGUGUCGCCUUCAAGAAGACCUUCUCCUACGCCGGUUUCGAGCAGCAGCCCAAGUACUUCACAAACCCCAAGAUCGUUUGCCUGAACGUCGAGUUGGAAUUGAAGAGCGAGAAGGACAAUGCGGAGGUCCGCGUGGAGCAAGUCUCCGAGUACCAGGCUAUUGUCGAUGCGGAGUGGCAGAUCAUCUAUAACAAGCUGGAGGCUAUCUACAAGACCGGAGCCAAGGUUGUUCUCAGCAAGUUGCCCAUUGGUGACCUUGCCACACAAUACUUCGCGGACCGUGACAUCUUCUGUGCUGGCCGUGUCGCAUCCGACGACAUGGACCGUGUUUGCCAGGCCACCGCUGCCGCCACCCAGUCCACAUGCACAGAUAUCCAGGAGCGUCAUCUCGGUACCUGCGGCGCCUUCGAGGAGCGCCAGAUUGGUGGAGAGCGUUUCAACGUCUUCUCCGAGUGCCCUGCUGCUAAGACCUGUACUCUCAUCCUGCGUGGUGGUGCUGAGCAAUUCAUUGCUGAGGUCGAGCGCAGUCUGCACGAUGCUAUCAUGAUUGUCAAGCGCGCCCUGCGCAACACCACCAUUGUUGCUGGUGGAGGUGCCACCGAGAUGGAGCUGUCAAGCCACCUGCAUGGCUACGCCGACCGCAAUGUCCCCCACAAGCAGCAGGCGCUUUGUGACAACGCUGGUUUCGACGCGACUGAUAUUCUUAACCGCCUGCGCGUGGAGCACCGUAAGAACAACGUUUGGGCCGGUGUUGACUUUGACAACGAGGGUGUCCGUGAUAACAUGGUCGCUUUCGUCUGGGAGCCCAGUCUUGUCAAGGUUAACGCGAUCCAAGCGGCCGUAGAAGCAGCCUGCCUGAUUCUCAGUGUUGACGAGACGAUCAAGAACGAGGAAUCUGCCCAGCCUGGAAGCGGUCCCCAGCGCGGUAUGCCGCCUGGUGCUGCGCAGCGUGCGCUCCGAGGCCGUGGCCGCGGAAUGCCUCGUCGAUAA